CGAGCUUCCCUUCUGUAUGGUUAUGGCGAUGGCAUCGGAGCCAUGAAUUGGAUCGGAACCCUAGCACUCUGAGGCUUGGCCUUCGCGAUUGUCCAUUUGGUCUUCUAUGCGUUUGCGCUUUUUCUCCCUUGCUUUUCCCCUGGCUUGUGAUUAAAUUUUGGUGUAAAAUGGUGGGGUGAUGGCGGAGAUGGAGCAGGAUAAGGAGAGAGCUGAGCUCCUGCGGGAGAUUGCGGAGUUAUUGCUCUCUGGAGGAUACUUUAGGGCUCAGAUAUCGACACUCUCGCCGUUCGAUAUCCUCACAGGAGGAUUGGCAUGGGCUAUCGCAGCAAGUAAUGUGGAUGUGGAUUUCGAUGUUCUCUACGAUGACGAUGCCACCCUUGGUUAUAAGAUCAAGGUUGGGGAGGCAAUUGAGGAGGCAUUACAACGCAUGGGAUGCCCUUAUCCUCUUCAAGCACACCAAAUUCAAGGUCUUGAUUAUCCCGCUGUUUUGUUAGUGGUUCAAUGGUUGGUGAAACGGGUUUUACAGAACAGAGAAGAGUCUGGUGAUCAGCUAAGAAAAUAUUCUCUCUGGAAGUUUCAGCAGCACUACAAGCUCCCUGGAGAAGCUGCUGAUGAACAUAUUCACCUGGAUAGGGUAAAAUUUGCAAAGCAGACUUCAAAAGCAGAUUUUAUUCACCAGCAAUACAUGCAGACCAGUGCUCGUCUUCUGGAAGUUUCAUUGGAUGAUACCACUAUUCUGCCUUCGGAGAUUGAAGAUAUUCAUUCUAUUACCUCUUUACAGCAACAGACUGCAGCCCUUCAGAAGCAGAUGAACUCUCAAAAAGUAAGGUUGGAACAACUGCAAACUAAGAAAAAUUCUGUUGCCGUUGGUGUUGAAGAGAUUGAGCUCUUAAUAAAAAACCAGGAGGAGCAUUGGAAAGAACUCGUUGCAGAGAGAACAGAAUUACAGCGGGCUGUCGAAGAUGCGGGUUCAGGGCAAGUGGUUACAGAUAUGAUUUCUUUACUACAGCAAACGAAGAAUCUUGAAAUCAUGGAAAGUGAAUUCCGAGCAAGCUGUAAAAAGAAGAGGGCAGAACUAGUUGGUCGAAUUAAGCAGUUGCAAGAUCCAUCCCGGAAUCUUGCAGAGCAAGCCGAACAGCAAGCCGAUGUUGAAGCUAUGUAUGAAGCUGAUUUAUAUACCCUGAGAUCAGUUCGAAAAGAGCUUGCUAAAAAAUGUAGUGAAGUUGCUCUUCUGCAAAGGCAAUUGGACGAUGUUCCAACACAAUCUGAACUUAUUCAAUAUGAACGUCGGUUUGUGGAGCUGUAUCUGCACAUACAGCGGAAGUUAAGGGAGACAAGAAAGUAUUAUGCGACUUAUAAUGCACUUGCUGAAGUCCACGAGCUUACUAUGAAGGAGACUUCUCUACUCAAUUCGAUCCAUUCCCAGUUUGAGGCUGCGAUGAUGACUCCGGGGGGUCGUGCCAAGUUCGUGGAGUCAAUGGAGGGGAUUGUGAAGGGAGUUAAGCAGAAAUUGUUAAAGAUGGAAAAGCGAUUAGAUGCAGAGAAAGAUACAUACACUGCACUAAAAGAAAAACAUAUGGCAAGUGUUAUGGCCCAGCGAAACUAUUUCUCUCUCGUUAAACAAUUCCAGGAAGAAUGUGCCAAGAAUGAGCGGUUGCGAGCAGCCUUAGGACCACACGCAGACAUCGCUACUAAGGACACUCAUAUACCUUCUAUUGUGUCUCCCCUUGAAAACGACUCUAACACUUUUGUGCCUCCUCUUUGAUGUACCUAGCAGUUUCCUCACCCCUUUUGAUAUCAUGUAUAUCAGUUGCACCGUUUUUCACAAAAGUUGGCUUCAUUUCUCUAUUCUAUGUUUACUAUCUUCUUUUCUUGUUUUAUAGCUCUUAUCUUCUGAGAUAUAGUCGGAAAACAUUCUUGCUUGAUAGAUCACAGGAGACUUGGGGCGUUCUUUGUGCUUUUUUCAGCUUGCCAACCCCACAGGGUUUGUAAUCUUUAGGUCUUCAGGAAGUAGAUUUACUGUAGAUGCUUGGUCUCUUUCAGCUCUUAGUCGGGAAUAUCCACUUAUAGGUUGUAGUUAAGGAUAAAUUGUCUUUCUGAUUUCAUGCCAUCGCAUGUGUCUUGUUUGCAUCCAUCUGUGAGUUGUCGUUGUCAAUUGAAGACAGGCAGCUGUGAGUGAUUACUGCAGAUUUUUAAUAAAGACUGGGACCUAUUUUAUGGUUCAAUUGUGUAA